GUGAUGUCAUAUUCCUGCGACGAUUUGGGUUCUGUGUACAUUUAGGAAUUUAAGAGGUUAGCUUUGCAUCUAUGCACUUAUGUCAUUUUAGUAUUGUGUUUUAAACUUUCUAGCCAUUUAUCACAGUACGCCGGUGUGAGUGCGGAUUAUUUUUUUCGAAAACUAGAUCUUUCUCGUAAUGCGGGCACGUCGCAUACAUGACUUUUACACGAACAGCAGUAUUUGCUUGAGAAGAGCUAGUGGCGGCUAACGUAAUUUAUGCGGAAUGCGCAUCCAUUGCGGAUGUGGUGCAGAAUAUAUGCGCAUUGCUGCGACACAGGUAAUUUUGGCCUUUAUAUUUAAAAUAUUCCCUUAAUUAAACAAUUAGUUAAAUGUGAAUUCAACUAUAUUAUCCAUGCAUUCUUUGCUUUAUUUCUCGCCCUCUCCUCAGUAGCCUCGGAUUUUUACUUGUCGAUGCCAGAUUUACUGUCAUUUAUGAGAGCUCUUAGAUGUCUGCAUGUAAUGAAUGAUACAUGUACAUAAUGUCAAACAUAACAGAAUAUCAGAAGCACAUCUCCGAGUUUUGCUUUUGGACGGAAGCCACAGGUUUUGGUUUUCUUGGUCUAAUAAGAUACAGUCAACAAAAACAACGCAAUAAUUGCGUAGAAUCAGUGUAAAUGAACACAGCCCCUUUCUAAAAUGACACGUUAACCUAUUGUUGUUCCGUAGCAAAUAUCUAUUUUCUGUGGCUGUGUAUUACUGUGCCCAUUAUUAAGGCUAUUCUUGUUAGACUUCACAAUGAAGCAAUGAACGCCUUGCCAUGGAACAGCAUGGUGGCUCUUCACCCUCCUUGUGAAUGGCAUGCUGUCCACCAGUCACAUUGGUGUGUCUGUAAACCACAACAUAUCCAUGACUGAAUACUACGAGGAGGGGGGGUUGCUGUAUGAGCACUCACCUCCCAUGCACAUCAAAGUGGAGUCUCCAGAGGGUCCCUUCGGAGGCGGGGUUUCAGAGGACGGUUUCCCCAGGGAAGAUGACGACUCAGAGGGGAGUUGUGACCACCAGAAUGGUGGGUUGCCAAGCAGCCUGCCUUUUAAUGUUGUGGUUGUGCAUCCUAACAUAGUCGCACCUGGAAUGUCUUCGGACGAACUCAUCCCAAUCGAACAAAACAGGGGUGUGUCUUCAGCAUUAGCCGCAGGAGGUGUAGGAAAAAGGAAGAGCCGCUUUAGCGGGGCAGAGCUGGAGGUGUUGGUAUCAGAGGUGACCCGUUGUGAGGGGGAGCUGUUCGGUCCAGCAGGGAGGCUCCGGCGCCGAGAAAGAGAGCGCAUUUGGGCCGGGAUACUUGAGCGUGUCAAUGCUGUGUCUAGAGUACCUCGGACUCUAAGAGAAGUAAAGAAACGCUGGGAUGACCUGAAAAGACGUAACGGUGGUAGACUGGCCGACGCAAGGCACCGCACCUGCUACCUGCCAUCAAGCAGAGGGGCUGCAAUUUUGGGAAGGCCGACCCAAGUCAGUCCCAGGCUCCAGCAGUCUCGUCAAAAGCAGAGCACCAGAGCAAAAGCCAGUUUUACGUGUUUGUCAGACACUGAUCCAGUUGCAGUUGGAGAUAGCUCUGAAAGAGAUGGUUUCGAAAAAGAGGAUGAAGCUGGUGAGCAGGAGGGUGAAGAUGGAGAUGAUUGUGAAGGUGUGGAGAACAGCAUGGAGGAUAAACUGGGUUUGGGCUUGGGUCUGGGAAUAGUACCACCUCCAACAUCAGAACGCUGGCUACCUCCUUCACCACUAUACAGUGCGCCGUUCCUCAACGGGACUCCUCAGCCAAGCCCAGAACCAUCUUUAGGGACCCACCAGGGUCCACUGGAGCCCCCUCCACCACGCACUUCCUGGCUGGAAGAUGAACUUCGUGGACUGGGAGAAGCAGCCAUGCAGCUUGGAGAUCGCAUGGAGCAGAACCUGCGUGAGUUUGGAGAAGGCUUCAGACGUGAUAUGCGGACGCUUGUGGCUUCGCAAGAGGCCCUUACAAAUAGCUUGCAGCAGAAUAAUGUACUUUUGCAACGUCUGUUGGGUCUACUUGAGAUGCAGCAUCAGCCGCCUCAGCAACAAAUUCCACAACAGCAACAACAAUUACAGCAACCUGCACAGCAUCAACAGCAACAGGAACCUCCACAACAGCAGCCUUAUGAACAACUGUUAUUGCCACAGGAGCAGCCACAGCUAGAGCAGCAAAUCCCAGCAACUGUUCCACCUCUACCACCACCUCCAGAUAUUUUAGAUGGUACUCGGCACACUGAACCACCGAAUGACAUGAAUGGAGUAACUCAACAGCCACGCCGUGGCAGAACAGUAGACCUCAGGCGAAGACGCAGACGUUGAUGUUGCCGUGAGAUGUGGACAAUUGAACUGUAUUCGGUUACAGUAAAUUUAUUUAUUUAAGCAAUGUUUUAUAAGGUUAACUAGUUGCAGAUUGUGCCAUGUCAUAUUGCAGCCACAUUUUAUGUUAUGCCUGUCGCAGAUAUAUAAUAAAUUGUAUAAUAUGUACACCAAAAAGCUCAAAGCUAUAUCUAAAUUGACUUCUGCACUCUUGUCGCUGUUAGUAAAUUACUGACAUUUUAUGGAUCUGCUUGCUUAAGUUUAUAUAUAAUAACUGCAAGUUUAGAAGAAAAUCUAGGCAGGCUUAAAACUCUUCAGUAUUCAUACUGUGGCAAGAUAAACAUCAUUCAUUUUUAUUUUUUAAUUGAGGCACAGAAUAUCAGUGCAAAAUGACAUUUUACUUUUGCUACUAUCACUGUUUAAGAAAAUACAUCCAAAUGCUGUUUAAGGGACAUUAUAUUGCAUAGAAUCUCUCCAGUUCCAUGGAAAUAAAUGCAAUUAUCAGAAUUACUGACUAAUGUAGAGAUCUAAGGUCGCCUGGUCACUCUGCAUGCAAUGCAAUAUACUGUUUUGGAAACUUUUCACCAUGUUAACAAAAAUCACUUGUACUUGGAAAAAAAAAUGUCUGCCUAUGAACAAGUUUUAAUAAAAGCAAUCAAUACA